AGUUCGUGGCCGUUGCUAGCUCGAACCGGACGAACCCAAACCCCGUACGUUGCUGGUUGUAGUGAACUUCAUCAUCAUCAUCAUCAUCAUCAUUGGCACUAUCAGAGGCUCCGGAGAGGAAACUUGACACCUAACGACGGGGUACGCACAUACACAUCUGAGUUGGGUAACGAUCGCGGCACCGUUUCCGGCCCAUGCACGAACCGUAGGUGGGUGCGUAAAGAUGGACUUAGCGUUUGGUGGUGUAUGUGUGUACAGUCAGUAGCACGUUGUGUUUGUCCGAACCGUGUGUGUGUCGGAUUGUACGGUGAUGAGGUGCUCACACGCAAAGCAGCUUACGAUCGCGCUGCUAAGAGCAACUAUAUUGCGUCCAGUCGCACAGUAGAGUUACCUGUGCGUGAGUGCGUCAUUCGGGUUUGAAGUUUUACGGCCUCAAAGUGUCCACCAGUGCGUUGCAAUAAGAUUUGUAGACGGAAAUUAAAACGAAAGAAUCGCCCGUCUUGUGCAGUGUAAAGUGUCGGUGUGUAUGUGUUGCACUUUGGAGCUAGGCUAAAGGGUGAUCCAAACUCUCCCCCCCCAAAAAAAAAAAACAAAUUGUGUGCUUGUUUGAUGAAGAUAAUUAAGUUUGUCUAAGGUGGUUUCUACUGGUUCACCGACAUACGUUACACCAUGCAAUACAGCACAGCGACAAAGUGGUAGAAUGAGGAUCACCUCGUAGCAGUAGCACAAAAAGUUGCUUUGUUGAAAGAAAGAGCAAAAAAGUAAACAGUGUCCAGUGUGCAUUUUGGGAAUUUAUUCAACUGUUCGUGCUUUGACACCGAAUCGAAAGCAACCGCACCCGGACGCUUCGGACGAGCCUCUGUACGGGUGACGAUCACUGUCGAUCUUCGGUAGCAGCACGUCAGCGAACAAAACGAAAGAUUGCAUCGCUCGCUUGAGGGUAGAGGAAGGAAACCUCAUCGGCUAACAUAUUUACGAGCGUAAACAAACUUUUGUAAAAUGAUGGCAGAACUCCGAAGGAUACACACCCUGCUUGUGCCGCUGCUGAUAGCUCUCCUUGCUACGCUUACCGUAGCGGAUGACUGUGGACGUGAUUUCCAGGGCAAAUGUAGCUGUGGCUUUCAGAUGUACAACUACCGCACACAGUACGUCGUGAACUGUACCAACACCGGUUUCCGUGAUACGGUCGUACUGGAGCGACUUCCGCUACAAACCGAAGUCGUCAUCUUCAAUGGGAACUACGUCAAGGAGUUGCCGUGGAACGUGUUCGGUGCAUUGAACGAUCUUGCCAAUCUGACAAUCGUCGACAUGAGCAACAACCACAUACACGAGAUCCGGGGCAAAUCGUACCAUCACGUGCCGAAUGUGCGCCGCUUGAUACUGAACCACAACAAUCUUAGCAUCUCGCGGUACGACGAUGAAGAGUUUAACCAUCACCAUCCGCGUGUAUUUUCAAACUUCAUCAACCUGCAGGAACUGCAUCUGACGAAUGCGUUUGCGGACAACACGUCGGCUGAGCUGUCGGCCGAUCUGCAUGAUAUCUUCGUCAACAGUAACCUUACCAAGCUGGUGAAGCUACAUCUGGAACAGAACGAAAUUGUGCAGUUUAAUGAUAGGCGUGUGUUUUGUGAUUUACCAUCGCUGCUUGAUUUGCAUCUCGGUGAUAAUCUGCUGACCGAGCUAAACUUCAACCUGAGCUGUAUGCCCCGGUUACGUUUUCUCGAUCUUGAGCGUAACCGUUUCGAGACGGUACGGGCGCGAGAUCUCAGCCUGCUCGAUGCGGUACAGGCACAGCCAGGACGGACCACUCCACUCACGGUAGACUUUACGUACAAUCCGUUCGUGUGCGAUUGCGGUCUCUAUCCGCUGUUCGAUUGGCUCGAUCGAACGAACGUUACCGUGCGCAAUCGGGACGGUUUGGUGUGCUUGAGGAAUCGGCAGGUACGCGAACCGAUCCGUACACUGAACGUGGGACGCUGCCGGAAACAGGUGGCAUCAUCUGGUGGUGGUGGUGGUGCUGGUGCCGCAACCGGACACACUACCACGCUCGUCUUUGUGCUCGUAUGCUUAAGUUGCGUGCUGGUGGCGCUCGUCGGUGGACUGCUGUACGUUAGCAAGGAUAAGUUGCGCGGCGUAUUGACACCCGUGGUCGAUUCCAUCUCGAAGAAGGUACACUACACCACGAUCAAGGAUGAGGAAGCGCCGGAGCAGUAUGUGUGAUGUAGCGCACCGAUUGACAUGCGGUGCAAUACGGCACUUAUGGAGCAUGUCUAGGUUGUUGAUCGGGGUGUCCAGCAGCUAAACUGCACAAAAUUCUAGUGUAGAAGAUUACGCGUGGAAGCGGAUAGGAUGGCAUGGACCAGAGUGAAGAUAUAGGAUUAUGUUAUGUUGCCCAAUUGAAGCACGUUAUACGCUCGAUGAAAUGUGUGCCAGCAGUUUGUUUUGCACAGAAAGUAUAAAUGCAGCAGAGAAAGUUUAGUAAGAUUUGGAUGUGUUUCUUAAAUUAAAAUACUGAAACACGAAAAGGUGGAAAGAAUUUAUUAGCAAGAUAAAUUAAUACUAGUUGCUACGAAUAGCAACUAUCAGGAUAUAUACUUAGCGAACUGUUACAGCAACAUAGUUUCGUCACAGGGAUUGCAUAGUUUUAGGUGCUUUAUGGUGAAGAUUGCUUACUCUGUUAGCAACUGCUCAAAACGCACUAACAAUAUCGUCCCAUAAAGCCAUUGUUAACAGCUUACUCGUGUUUUUUUUUCUCUAACGUAUCUUUCACACAUGAGUAGCAUGUAGAUAAUUUUUAAACAAAACAAAAACAAAAAAAAAACAAUGUUACGAGCAUAGCUAACUUUGUGUCCUUCUACUGAACACUCUCGUUUGAGUGUUACAGAUUAAUGAAAGUGUAGCAAAAAUGGAUUUCUUUUUAAGACAUGUUAAUACAUUGCAAAAUACACAUUUGGAAAGUUGGAAUGAAAUUAAAAAAAACAAGGAAACUAACCCAACUGAACGUUGUACAAAACGAAACCAGUUCCAACCUACAAACCGAGUUGAAAGGAACAAACCAUCAAACUAAUACUAACUAAUAAUCCUCCUGUAACGUGCUGACUAAAUUAACCAAAAAAAAAAAACAAACAAAAAAUAAUAUAAAUGCGUGAAAGAUGAGAAAAUCAGUUCGAUAGCACGAUUGCCCUGUGAUUAGCUGUAGUGAUCAAUGACUGUUGAUCGUCGUUUAGUUUAAUGAUCAAGCAAUGAAACAUAAUGCAUAAAGAAAACGACAUUUGCAUUUAAUUUAAAAGCCAAGUUACGGAAUGUUUCGGACAGAGCCUUUUUGUUUUGUUUCAUUAAAGUUGUAUGUCUGCAUGCAGGCAAAGGAUGUGGAAUACGUUGUGCACGGAAAUCGGACCAUUUGUGAGCGAACGAACAAGGGUAAUAUGAUUUGCUCUGUAGAUAGUGAAGAAUCUUUAAAUCCUAAUCCUGUACAUGGAACGAUCCAUUCAACCGUUCAUUUCCACACAACAAACAUAGAGAUGAAAUAUUUGAAGAAGGAAAACAAAAACAUCGUAGAAAUAAAGAGUCGAUUCGUUGAACGCCAUAGAAAUAGAAGAAAAAAAACUGUGUCUAAAAUGUUCGUACUUUCUACUACAGUGUUUCGGAUGUAUCUAAAAGAUUGAACCACUAACAGUACAGGUAGACAAAACGCAAGACUUUUAAAUAAAGACAACCAUAACACAAGCCAUUUGGUGGUUUUGCACAAUUGAUUGUGUUUUCGAUUUA